CGGGGGCCGGGAGCAGACUGGUCCGGACUGUUGGGAAGAGCGCAUCGUCGUGUUUGGAAAAAGGCGCAAUCAUGGCACCGCAAGAAGUCGCACCCGCCGGCAGGAGAAGCAAAGCAGCAGCGGCCGCCGCAUCCCCCGGGGCCAAGAAGUCCGUCAGCAAGAAGAAGAAGAAGAGCCAGCCGGGCAGAUACAGCCAGCUGGUGGUGGACACCAUCAGGAAGCUGGGCGAGAGGAGCGGCUCCUCCCUGGCCAAGAUCUACGGCGAGGCCAAGAAGGUCUCCUGGUUCGACCAGCAGAAUGGUCGCACCUACCUGAAGUACUCCAUCAAGGCGCUGGUGCAGAACGACACCCUCCUGCAGGUCAAGGGGGUGGGGGCCAACGGCUCCUUCCGCCUCAACAAGAAGAAGCUGGAGGGUCUGGCAGUGCCCCCCAAGAAAACGGCCCCUGCCCCCAAACCUGCGGCCAAGAAGAAGCCCGCGGCCCCGAAGAAGAGCCCCAAGAAAGCCAAGCCUGCGCCCAAGAAGAGCCCCAAGAAGGCGCCCAAGAAAUCGCCUAAGAAAUCUCCCAAGAAGAGCCCCAAGAAGGCGGCCAAGCCCAAGGCGCUGAGGGCCAAGAAGGCAUAGCCGGUGCCAGGACUGUGUACAUAGCCCCGCCCCCUCUGUUUAUCUUUCGGACUGAACUUGUUACUUUUGUUGCUACUUUUGUUACAUGAAGCUCGGAUCCCUGUAGAGAGCUUCUCCCGGGCAGGAAGGGUUAAACGUUGCAGCCUGGGGCAGGUCUCAUUCCUGAGGCUUUUUCUUUCCUUCCUGCAUGCCAUUUAUUUUUGGUUUUCUACGAUUUGUAGAAUUUUGGCAUUUUUGUAAUGUGUAUAUAUAAAAAUU